CCGCUCAUCUUCAGUGUCCAAAAUGCAUGGAAUUAAAGCUGCCUCGCGAAGGUGCUGCUUUCUGCACGCAGGAUUGUUUCAAAGCUUCAUGGAGUUCACACAAAUCAGUACACAUGAAGGCAAAGCUAACUUCUUCUGGGACAGGCAAUCUGCAGCAACAAAAUUCAGACUCACUUGGUGAAGGGUGGUUAUAUUGCUUGAAGAAAGGGCAGGCUCGAACUCCCAAGAUGCCUCACUUUGAUUGGACUGGGACGCUGAGGCCAUAUCCCAUGUCUCCUAAACAAAUUGUACCGGCUCAUAUUGAUAAACCUGAUUGGGCUGAUGAUGGAAUACCCAAAGUUGAGCCUAAUAGUGAUCUGCAGCAUAUUGUUGAGAUUAAAACUCCAAAUCAAAUUCAGAGAAUGAGAGAAUCAUGCCGAAUUGCAAGGGAGGUUUUAGAUGCAGCUGCUCGGGCAAUCCAUCCAGGUGUGACCACUGAUGAAAUUGAUAGGGUCGUCCAUGAGGCAACUAUAGCUGCAGGAGGUUAUCCAUCUCCUCUGAAUUACCAUUUCUUCCCAAAGUCUUGCUGCACGUCAGUCAAUGAAGUAAUCUGCCAUGGAAUUCCUGAUGCUAGGAAGCUUGAGGAUGGUGAUAUUGUAAAUGUUGAUGUCACUGUGUACUAUAAGGGAGUUCAUGCUGAUCUUAAUGAAACAUACUUCGUUGGAAAUGUUGAUGAAGAAUCUCGCCGGCUGGUCCAGUGCACAUAUGAGUGCCUGGAUAAAGCAAUAUCAAUUGUGAAACCUGGAGUGAGAUUUCGUGAGAUUGGUGAAGUUAUUAAUCGUCACGCCUCAAUGUCUGGUUUCUCUGUGGUAAAAUCAUAUUGUGGCCAUGGAAUUGGAGAGCUCUUCCAUUGUGCACCAAAUAUUCCCCAUUAUGGAAGAAAUAAAGCAGUUGGUGUGAUGAAGGCUGGACAGACCUUCACAAUCGAACCAAUGAUUAAUGCAGGUGUUUGGCGCGAUAGAAUGUGGCCUGAUGGAUGGACUGCUGUUACUGCAGAUGGCAAACGCAGUGCUCAAUUUGAACACACACUUCUGGUAACGCAGACAGGUGUUGAGGUUCUGACAGCAAGACUGCCAACUUCACCCAAUGUUUUCGAUUGGCUAAAUUCGUGAAUGGGUGUGACAUGUCAUGUUCCUACACUGCUUUUUUGGUUGGAUAUUGAAGUUGAGUUCAAGGUCACAUGAACUUAAAAUAGAUACAUUGCAUUGGAGGCUCUGCAAUUUUAUGUUAUGAACUUUGAUGAUUUUCAUGAUUGA